AUGUCUUUUCUUCGACUUUCAUCCUAUGUACGUGCUGUUCCUUGCAGGCAGUUUUCGUCUACCUCUUUUCGAGCGUCAUCUGUUUAUGAUGAAACUGUGAAAAAUAUGAUUUUGACAAAAGAUACGAGGGUGAUCUGUCAAGGUUUUACUGGAAAGCAGGGCACUUUUCAUUCACAGCAAGCAAUUGAAUAUGGUACCAAGGUUGUGGGUGGUGUUUCACCAGGAAAAGGUGGCAAAACACACUUAGGGUUGCCGGUAUUCAAUAGUGUCAAAGACGCAGUUCGAGAAGUUGAACCAGACGCGAGUGUAAUUUAUGUUCCACCAUCUUUCUGUAAAGCUGCAAUAAUAGAAGCCAUUGAAGCCGAAGUUCCUCUAGUAGUUACAAUUACUGAAGGAAUUCCUCAGCAAGAUAUGGUCCAGGUUGUAAAAGUUUUAAAAACGCAAAAUAAGACAAGACUUAUUGGUCCUAAUUGUCCAGGAAUUAUUGCCCCGGGAGCUUGCAAAAUUGGUAUAAUGCCUGGUCAUAUUCAUCAAACAGGAACAAUUGGAAUAGUGUCAAGGUCAGGUACUUUGACAUAUGAAGCUGUCAAUCAAACUACAAAUGUUAAGCUUGGACAAACUCUUUGUAUCGGAAUUGGAGGAGACCCCUUUAAUGGGACAAAUUUUAUAGAUUGCCUCAAAAUUUUUCUGGAUGAUGACAAUACUAAAGGAAUUAUAUUAAUUGGUGAGAUUGGUGGAACAGCAGAAGAAGAAGCAGCGGAAUAUUUGAAACAAUAUAAUUUAACUCGUAGUCAGCCAAAACCAGUCGUCACAUUUAUUGCGGGACUUACCGCUCCACCUGGCCGUCGUAUGGGCCAUGCAGGUGCUAUUAUUGCUGGUGGGAAAGGCGCCGCAACUGAUAAGAUUAAAGCAUUGGAGAGUGCAGGAACAAUCGUAUCGAAAAGUCCUGCAAAACUUGGCGUUUUACUCCGAGAGGAAAUGGUUCGGCUCAACUUGGCCUGA